GAGGACAUGGAAGCUAGUGUACCUUCCAUGCUAUUAUUAAGUAAAUUUAUUUUGUAUUAAGAGGUUGGAUGGACUAUAAUUGUCUCAAUUUGUUCUAAUCCUGGAAUACAUCACAGGGUUGCUGGGAGAAGAGUCCUUUAUGAGGUCAGUGUGAUUCUCACACAUAAGUAAGAGUGAGGAGAGUAGGAGAUUCUGGACGAGAAGACAGAGGGAUCAGGAGAAAAGCACAGCUGAGGGAACUUCAGCAAAGCAUAACUCAGCACAGGGAGGCACAGCAUGCUCUGCAUGGUCACAUCCUUACCACUACAGGUGGUUGGGUAGUGCUGGUCCCCAGGAAGGUGGUUGAUACUUUCCAUUCUACAUGAUGUUCUUCUGUCACCCCAGCUUCUGUUUCUAUUUCCUAUUCUUCUUCCUGAGGAUCUCUUUUGAGAAGAACCAGGACUUCUCAGAGUCACAAGUUCCACUGAUAGGCCCACUUCCCCAUGUGCAACAGUAUGAAGUGGUUGAACCCCUCCAGUUACCCAUUUUAGGGAUUCUGAGAAAACUGUCUUCAGAUACAGCUAUGUAUCCUGAGACCAUCCGCUACUACUUAGGCAAUAGAGAUAAUAACAUCACCCUCCACCUCUUUAGAAACAGGUACCAGGUGGGGUCAGACUACACAGAAACCUACACCUUGGCUAAUGGCACAGAGGUGACUGAGCAGCCAAAGGAAGAGAAUCACUGUUUCUAUCAGGGCUAUGUGGAGGGGCAACAGGAUUCCUCUGUCAGCAUCAGCACUUGUAAUGGUAUCCGGGGCUUUUUCCAGAUUGGGCCUACCUUCCAUCUGAUUGCGCCACUAGUCCAGGGUAGAUAUGGCAGCAUUCAGGAAAGACAUGGCAAUGCCCAAGGGAAACACGCUGUCUAUAGGGAAAAGUAUUUCAAGAAGAAACAAAGAUCUUGUGGUGUCUGUAGGGCCUCCCUACGAGGAGAACUGGAGACAAAGAUGGCUACAAUCUAUAUACCCCAGAGCUGGGUACCUGGAUCCAUUUCAAAAGAAACCCACUAUGUAGAGCUCUAUGUGGUGGUGGAGUACACAGAGUUCAAGAAAUAUGGAAAUCUAUGGAAUAUACGCAAUAGGGUGAAGGAGGUCGUGAACCAAAUAGAUAAGUUUUAUCAACUGCUUAAUUUCCGUGUGGUUCUAAUUGGCCUGGAAAUAUGGGACAAAGGUAAUAAGGCUGCAAUUACCAAUGACAUACAGUCUUCCCUGAACAACUUCCUUAAAUGGAGGGAAAAUAAUAUAAUCAAGAAGAAACAACAUGAUAAUGCCCAGCUGAUCACAGCAUUGGAUUUUGGAGAAGGUGUUGUGGGACUAGCCAGAUUGGGUUCCAUGGCACAUGGUUCUGGGGGUGUGAACCAGGACUAUGAAUCACAUCCAUUUGGACUAGCAACCACCAUAAUUCAUGAAAUGGGCCACAACCUUGGCAUGGACCAUGAUGAAAAUAUCAAGGGCUUCCACUGUGAGGUCAGCAAGAUGCAAGGUGGGUGUAUCAUGCAAUCCAUGGGGGUUGAUAAUGUCUAUCCCAAGCAGUUUAGCAGCUGUAGCAAGGACAAUCUGCAGAAGUUUUUUAGGGGGACUAUCUUCCAGGUGAAGUGCCUGACCAACUUCCCAGACCUGAAGCAGAUUGAGGGAGGGCCUGUAUGUGGGAACAGGUUUGUGGAACAAGGGGAGGAGUGUGAUUGUGGCCCUCCAGAGGAAAAUGUGAACCAGUGCUAUAACCCUGUGAACUGCAGGAGGGCCCCAGGAGCUGAUUGUGUAGAAGGGGAAUGCUGCCAGGCAUGUCGUCUUACAGCAGCUGGAGAACUAUGUCGGAAUUCUCAGGACAUUUGUGAUCUGGCUGAGUACUGCAAUGGCCGACAGGCUAAAUGUCCAGAAAAUGUAUACAAAGAGAAUGGCACACCAUGCUGGGAGGGCUAUUGUUAUAAUGGGGCCUGCCCCACUUAUAAGCAGCAGUGUGAGGCACUUUGGGGCACAGGAUCACAAGUGUCCAAUGACAAAUGCUUCUGGCUUGGGCUACCUAGAAGAUGUUCACUAUCCAGUUAUCUUGCCAAAAGGGGUUUCAACAAGUGUGGAAACUUGUACUGCUCCAGGGCAAGCACAGGUCCCAUCUCCAGAGCUCUGUGCACCUUCAUUUUGAAAGGUGAAAGAUGUGAUCUUGCUAUAACCCAUAGCAAAAGUCAUAAUCCUUUUGAAAUUGUGGCCACUGGCACAAAAUGUGGUAAGCAGAUGGUAUGCUACCACAAGGGUUGUCAGGGCCUCGACAUCUAUGGUUCUGAGAACUAUUCCAAUCAGUGCCAUAAUCAUGGGGUCUGUAAUCACAAAAGAGAAUGCCACUGUGAACCAGACUGGGCUCUGUCAUACUGUCAAUCAAAGCUCUCUGACCUCAACUCAGAAAUAUUAAGCCCUAGAUGACUAAUAUGGGAGAGAGUUUUGGAAUAUUCUGGAAAAGCAAAAGGCAAAAGAUUAAGAAAUAAUUGGUUACAACAAGUGUUCUAGGUGCUUUUUGUUGUUCUGCUUAGGAACAAAGAUGUUUUCCCCAUAAAAAUGAAAUUUCUCAUGGUCCCUAAUGGAUAGCCUGCCCCUGAUGUUUGGUAAUAAUGUGAAGCUAUCUCAAAGAACAACAAAAUACAACUAUCUGAAAGCCCUGAUUUUGCAUCUAGGAUCUUUCUUUAUGUCACUGACAUCUUUGGAGCAUAUGCCCAACAUUAUAAUACUGGUUCAA